GAUAUCACAAACAUUUUGAAAUCAUCAAUUAUUUUUCAUAUAAUAUGAACAUAUAUUGCUUCAUUCAAAAAUUAAGCUGGCUGAUAUUUACCUUGACCAUAAAAUAAAUUAAAACACAUCUAACUUGAAGUUUGCAGUACCCCCUACAGGAUUAUUUCUCAAGCCAUAACUAAGCGAUUUGUUUUUCGUUUUUUUGCUUUAAAUUAAACCAUCCAAUACAAAACAUAUAUAAUACAAAUUAAUCACAAUAAAACAAGCAAACAGAAAUGCCAAGGUACUCUAUCUAUACAACCUCAGAGGACAGCGUUCAUUCACACUAUACAGUCUAUGAUUCCUAUAAAUGAGGAGGUGCAAUAAUUCAUUGUCUUAAUAGCCGACUAAUUUUUGUAGGGGAAAAUUUGUUUUAAUGUAUAUUUUGGCUACACUUUCAAAAGUUAUAAAUUGGGGUUUAGAGUUAUUAAAUUUGGAUUUGUGGAUAUGAUAUUUUACCAAAAGAAUGAUAAGGUGAACAGAGUAUGAUAAAAGGUGUACCAAAAUCAAACGUAGGUGCACUUCCGAUGAAUGACCACGUGGGCGCGCUGUUUUAUUCUGAAGGUUGAUGAGACUACAACAGAUGGAGGAGGCGUCGACAGCGGAGGCUAAAACCAGCCGGGCUGAUAGUGUGAGCGCUGUGACUAAUACUGAUCAUUAAAAAAAAAAAAAAAAAAAAGCUACAAUUGUCGGGUGAUAUAUUUAAGUUUGUAGGACAAUAACAGCCGUGCAGAUUUCCGGCUGUUCUUGGAGACAAAGCUCGCGACCGCGCGCAUCCUCCGGUGUCAUUGUUGGAGCAGGCCCGCCCAGACUCCAGAGCAUCUGCAGGAAACCUGGCUGCAGCCAGGCUGCAACCGACAAUACCGCACACAUCAAACCGGAGGUAGGCUUCUGUGAAAUGUGAGUCUGCCUCAUGAGAUGUGGACGCCGAGAAGCCUUUGACAGCCUCACAAUGACUUUCUUUGUGUUAAUGUGUUGCCAGUAGCGCCACGGAUGCUACACAACAACACCUUUAAUAUUAAAUAACGGACUACAUUAUGGACUUCCCAGGUCAUUUCCAGCAUAUUUUCAAGCAGCUCAACCAGCAGCGCCUCCAUGCUCAGCUGUGUGACUGUGUGGUGGUGGUUGGAGGCCAGAGCUUCCAGGCUCACCGCUCCAUCCUAGCAGCAUGCAGCUCCCAUUUCAGGGCUCUUCUCAGCUCCGGAGACAGCAAGGAUGAGGUUGGAGGAGGAGGUGACAUAAACAGGGGUGGGGGCCCAAGUGUGAUGGAGCUGGAUCCAGAAGUGGUGACCCCAGAGGCUUUCUCCACCUUGCUAGACAUGAUUUACACCUCCACACUUUCUCCAGGGGCCUCCAAUGUGAUGGAUGUGCUGCUGGCGGCAUCGCACCUGCACCUCAACACUGUGGUGAAGGCGUGCAAGCUCCACCUGUCCAAGAAAAACUUUCCUGCCUCACCCCCGAAAGGUUGGAGGUCAGUGCAACAGCAGCAGCCGUCGUUACAGGUGGAGCGGUCAGGCUUGCUCCAACAGGUCACUUCUGUGAUGGAGGAUGAGGAGGACGUAGGAGUGGAGGUUAGUCAGUCUGCUGGGGUUGAAGACAAGGGGGUGAGGAGUGAUGAGCAGAGUGCUGCACCAUUCUUGAGGCACAAGAGGAAGUCCAACGAGGAUGGGCUCAGCGACAGAAAGAGGUCCUGCAGGCUGCCUGAGGGAAAAUAUAAAGAGUGCUCGCCGACUGUAACCAGGAGCACCAUCAGCACAGAGGAGGGUGGAGAGGACCUGCUCUCCCCGGACUGCCUGAGGACAACAGAUGGACUCUGGGAAACCAGAGGCAAGGAGGAGGAUAUGGAGGAAAAAUAUGAAGCGUCAGAGGAGAUCCAGCUUCCGAGCCAAUCGGACAGCAGCACAGGAGGCGUAGCUGCCUGGGAGAGAGGCGGAGAAACUGAUGGAGACACUGUGGUCAAAGUGAAGGUGGGAGAGGAAGGAGAGGAAGAGGAACCGAAGAUGGCGAUGAUUGAGGUGAAAAAGGAAAAUUUGACCUCAUGCUCCCCAGACUUCCCAAAUAAUCCUACUCUAUCUCCACCACAAGACUGCACAGAUGACUUGGAUGUGCAUCUAAAUGAGGAGAAAAUGACCACGGUGUGCCCCACAGAGAGUGACGUUAGCUCUCUACAGUCUCAGCUGUGCAAAGAUCUUCACACUGAUGCACAGAGGGAGGCUGGAGAUUUGGGUGAGGAGUCAGUAGAUGGCGAAGGCCUAGAAAGCCUGUCAGAACUCGCCUUUUCCUGCUUCCUCAAUCCCAGUAGUGAGAGUGUGAUGGGAGCGCUGGAAGAGGACGACAGUCUAGCCAGCCUCACUGCUGCUGCUACAGCUGCUGCUGCUGCCAGUGACGCUCCUGCUGAGCUGUGUCAAAACUCAGGAGAAGCCUCUUCUGCUCAGGACUCCUCGCUUGUUUUUCCAGUAACGCCUGUCCCCUUGCAGCAGCUUCUCCCAACUCAGAGCGCUGCUUUCAGUGACACGCUCAUCCUCCAGCCCACCCAGAACUCCAUAACAGGUUUCCUGAGCGGCAUCAGACCAGGCCUCGGUUUGGACAGCUCGCUCAUGCAACCCUCCAGGGUUGGGAAAAGCUCCGGUGCAACUACUUUCCGUCGCAUCGCCCCCAAAGUGCCACCUGGAUCAGAAGCAGAUGGGUCCUCUUCUGCAUUGGCGGGGGACGCUGCUGAGCGGCCAUCUCUUACCAGAGCUUCAGAGGACGUUCUGUCCAAGUGCAAGAAAGCAGCCGCCGAAGACCACGUGCUGUUGGUGGAAGGGGAGAAGAAAUACGCCUGCAAAAUCUGCUGUAAGACCUUCAUGAACUUGACUGACUGUAAGAAGCAUAUCCGCGUCCACACGGGAGAAAAGCCCUAUCCCUGUCCAAAGUGUGGCAAACGAUUCAGCCAGUCGUCCCAUCUGUAUAAACACUCCAAAAACACCUGCCUGAACUGGAAAGAUGAUCAGUCUUUCCCAGAUUCUCUGCUGUGACCUGCACUUACGUGAGAGACACUUGUUCAUUUCCUACAACACGACUCAAUUUAUUUGAAGGGAGAAAAAAAAAGCACUCUAUAAACUUAAUUUGUUACUCCCUACAUU